AUGGAUCAUCGAGGCAGCAUUGAGAGCCUGGGAUAUGACAUAUCCCAGUUUGUCUCACAGCCACCUCCUCAGAUCUUUGGUGCAUAUAAUCCGGAUGGCACUCCUAUUCCUCCUACGCUUCCUCCCGGUACCUACUUUGGAGAUCUGAAUGAUGGUGUUGUCGACGAGAAUGACCCUAAGCGCCGACGUAUUGCAAGGGCGUGUGAUAUGUGUAGGAAGAAGAAAAUCAAGUGUGAUGGGAAGAUGCCCAAAUGUGGUCACUGUAUAAACUAUAAAACAGAAUGUGUCUUCACGCAAGUGGAGAAGAAACGAAAUCCUCCAAAAGGCGCGAAAUAUAUUGAGGGCCUUGAAAACCGCCUUGGGCGCAUGGAGUCGCUAUUGCGCAUGUCUGGCCUUCUGACCGAAGAAGAGGCCGGCAAAACGGACCUAGGAACGUUGGAGAGGCGGCUCGCCGAAAAAGCUUCUUCUAAAGAUGCUUUGGCGCAGAAAACAGAAUCUCCUGCUCCUCCAAAGAGUGGUGCCAGUUCUACCGUGCCCGAGAGCUCACCAAGACCAGGAUCCCAAAGAGACUCGUCCCACGACACCCCACGCGACAUCGUCACUCCCUCCAGCACAGAGGGCGACAAAGCAGUGCGAGAGGAUGUAGAAAAUCUUUCCGAGGCCAUGUGCUCUCUCGUGACCAACAACGUAGGCGAAACCCGAUAUAUCGGAUCUUCGUCUGCAUUCUCCAUCUUCUCCAGCAAAGGAAUUGAGUGGGUCAACCAGAAGACUGGGGACACCUCAUUCCAGGAAACUAUUCAAAAUGCGGUUAACGAGGACGAUAUCAAAUGGCAAUAUUGGAAGCCGGAGGUAUUUGGCGACAUUUUUGUUCGCCGAGUCUUCAAACCUCUGCCGCCGAAGGAGGAAGCCAUGUCGUUGUUCAAGGAUUUCUUUGAGAAUUUCAAUUGCAUGUUCCCAUUAUUUCACGAACCCACUUUUAUGCACCUGGUGGAGAAACAAUAUUCAAAAGAUCCUUAUGAGGGAAGCGGCUGGUGGGCGAGUAUCAACGUCGCUCUCGCCAUUGCAUAUCGGAUCCGAGUCAUGAGUAACGUUGUUCCUCAGGAAGACGAUCAAAAGGCUUGGUUAUACUUGAAGAAUGCUAUGGGAGUCAUCACGGAGCUGACCAUGCGGAAUACUGAUCUUCUCAGUGUCCAGGCUCUAUUGGGAAUGGCUUUGUUUUUGCAGGGAACACCCAAUCCGCAACCGUCUUUCUUCCUCAUCGCCGCCGCCAUCAGGUGCUCUCAUACAAUAGGUCUGCACAAACGAGGGUCCGCAUUCAACUUGAACCCCAUAGAAGUCGAACAACGCAAACGAGUUUUCUGGAUUGGGUACCUGCUCGACAAGGAUGCCUGUCUUCGAGCUGGCCGACCCCCGGCCCAAGAUGAUGACGACAUGAAUGUCGAAUUACCCUCCGAGGACCCUCCGGAUAACAUCGGAAAUGUUCCGCUGGCCGAUGGUAAGAGCAAAAUCAACCUCUUCCGUCUGAUGUGCGAGUUCGCCAUCAUUUCCAGCAAAGUCUAUCGGCAACUCUACUCCGUUCGGGCAUCCAAGCAAAGCGACGGAGAGCUACUCAAUACGAUCGGCGAGCUCGACCGGGAGCUUGAAGCAUGGAAAGACAGCAUUCCACUCGAUUUCCGGCCCGAGCACGAAAUCAAAACCUCCCAUACCCCUCUCAUCUUACACAUCGUCGUCCUCCAUUUCUCCUACUACAACUGUCUGACCACGAUACAUCGGAUGUCUGUGCACCAUGGCUACUGGACGAGUCGGUUAUCCGAAUAUGCGAUCCAAGGACUCAAUGCCAGACCCCUCAACCCACGAGUCUUUUCUUCGGCGGCUCUUUGCGUCUCCGCUGCUCGAGCCUCUAUACACCUCAUCAAAUAUAUUCCUCAAGGCGAUUUUGCCUGUGUCUGGCUGAUUCUGUAUUUCCCAGUCUCUGCACUCGUCACCCUCUUUGCCAACGUUCUGCAAAAUCCUCAGGACACUCGUGCAAGAGCCGAUAUCAAGCUCAUGGACCUUGUUGUCAACUUCUUGUCUAAUGUUGCCCAUGAUGAGGGGACAGGAUCUCUGACUCGCAUGCUUACCGUUUGUUCAGAGUUUGCUCGCAUUGCAAGAGUAGUGAUUGAGAGGGCCGAAAAAGAAGGCACCAAGAGGAAGCGCAAACUUGUCCCGGAAGAAAUCCUACGUGUCAACCAGUCUGCAAUGGCACAGGUCCAGUCACAGAUUAACGGACGCACGGCUGGCUCUCGAAGAUCAAGUGGCACCGGAAGCUCUCCUCGUGCUCCAGGAACCUCGCUUCCGGCGACCGGAGUAUCAGCUACACCAAUGGGCGCUAAUACUCCAGGCAACUCUCUCAACCCUAACAACUCGUUCUUCGGCAUGGCCAAUCUCGACAAUGAUUAUGUUGACAUGCUCACUCAACCUGGACUCAGCCCCGACUUGAGUAGCCAACAGAUGCCCAGCUCAACAAUGUCGCCUCUCAAUGUCGGGUCGUUCCAACAACCUUUUGUGCCUCAGGAUUUGUGGCAGAUGCCCAUGACUUUCGAAUGGGAUUGGGCGGAGUUUGGCCAGCCCAGCUAUAACGACUUCAUUUUGAGUGAUGGAAUGAAUGAUGGAACGAUGCCAUAG